AUGAGCGUUGCGUACGGCAUCGAAGUCGAGGCCACGGAGAUACCUGCUGCCAUGGAACCAGUCCACCGCAUCAACGACGCCCUGCGCUCCAUGAUCAUGACACAGGCCCAGACGGUGCUCUUCACGACGCAUUUGGAUGACGGUGUCAAGGUAUGCGAUGCGACCAAGUCCGAUUGGAAUCGGUUCGUCAACUCAGAGUACCAAGAGCUCAUAUCCCGAGCUAUGAUGUGGCGAGAUGGGGCUAUCUACAUCGUCGAACCACCAGGAGGGAUCCACGAAGAUAUGAACUGUAUUCUAAUUUUUGUCAUCGCGGCCGCAACUGGAACCUUCGGCAUGCACCUCCAACCACACGGAGCGACUUUUGUCAAUAGCCUAUAA